AUGAGUAGAAAAGUGUCAACAGCGUCAAGAGCUGACCGCCAUCAACGAAAAAAGAGCGAUCGUCUGGCGUUUUCACCUCAAAACAAGGAAGAAGAGGUGUUUGACGAUGGAAAAGAGGAGGACUUAAUUUAUGGAGAUUCCAAAUUUUUGCAUCGUAAUCAUAAACAUUCGGACAAAAAGCCGUCGCUGCAUGAAGAUGGAGAUGAAAGCGAGCCUGAGCCGAUGCGGCGGAAUCGUCGCGUUAAACUUCCGCGAUAUAUCUGGAAUGGCGAUACUAAAUAUGCAUGUUAUUCUGAGUUGAUGAUAAGCCAUUUUAGAGAUUUGGAUCGGUAAGGUUUUAAUUAUUUUUUGGUUUUUAGGUAAAGAAGGAUGUUGACGUAGAUUUGAUGAAAGACAAAGGAAUUCGAUGUCGUUUUGGCUCGAACUUCUUUUAUAAGCUGGUUAGAAUGAUGUUCUUACUUUAUUUUAUAUUUUCAGACAUCUGCCAAUGUUUAGAAAGUACGCCGACAACAAUGAAGUUGUGGUUAUCUUUCGCAGUUUGCCAAACCUUGAUAACUUUAUGAAAACCCUGGUACCUCCACCCGAAACCAGCAAAAUGGCACCACCUUUCUUUCGAACAAUAGAGCGAUAUAUGCGGCAUGAAUCUUCGAAAGAUGUAGUUGAUGUAUUAUGUGGAUUCAUGCGUUUGAAUCCAUCGUUUACUGCUCACUACUUUGUGGCUAAACCUUAUGACAUGUUUUAUGUGAGAAUGGCUAGAUUACAUUUGUCGGUGAAUCGAGAACAUGCUCAGAAGUUUUAUGAGAUUAGACCUGAUUUGCUGAAUGAUAAUUUUGAAGCGAUAGUGGAAUGGACUGACGUGAGAAAGUGGAUAUUAGACAUGAUUUAUGAUCUGAGGACAUGUUUGGACUGGAUUAGUGUUAAACAUGGGAUCGAAUUGGUUUGUUUUUGACUCUGUGAUGUCUAGAUAUCAUUCUAUGUCUUAGGUAACAAAAAGACGUUAAAAUGCGAUUGAAAAGUUUUAAAAAUAGUAAAAGAUCUACUAUAAUAUCGAGAUUUCAGGACGGUUGUUUUGAACAAUUUGUUCGCCGUUUCAUUACCUUAUUAUCUCCACGAUUUGAAGUUCAAAGUCUUCGAGCUCGUGUCUUCCUUAAUAUUAUUGAAGUUUUUAUAAAAACUAAUGCGACUCCCUACAGUGAUGAGACUAUCAGGUAUUUCAUGUUAAUAUGCGCGACGUUGUGUCGCGCAAUUCCUGAGCAUUACGCGGAUUCUGAGAGGAAGGAUGAGAUUCAGGAGAGGGUUUUUGUGCCAUUACGGAAGUGUUUGCAUGAAAUUAAGAGGAGCUUGGAUGAUGUGAAUAGCACGAUCAAAAGUCCGGCUCAGAAGCUUAUUGAUCAGGCUAUUGGAGUCAUGGUUAUUCGUUAA